AUGGUAGCGGUGAUGCAAAAAGUACUGAGAAAUGGAAAAAGUGGCUUUAUAUUCAGGGUAAUUCCCAUAGUGAAUAUUGAACAAGGCAUACCGACUUCACAACCAUAUCACUUAGUAGAAUGUCCUUCACAGCCAGCUGGCCAGGAAAAUAUUUCCUCAUUACUGCCACCGUCGCUUCCAAGGGCAAUAUCUUCACCAUCUCUUGCCUUUGCAGAGGAAGAAAUUCAAAGUUCUCAAUCUUGCAACGACCCAGGGCCAUCAAGACGUCCUCAUGUUACCCCAGCAAAGACUGUGGCAUCUCCGCUUGUUUCAUUUGUGGAGGUUGAAGUGGAAAGUAAGACUUUAAUUAUUCAUGAAGCAUAUCAGAUACAGGUAUGCUCUCUACAACUAUGUCCUCAUCUCAAGUCCAAGAAAUUCAGCCAGGGCCUGCUUUGUACGGGCAAUCAACACCUCGCCGUGUUAGACCAGUUUGAACUCGGGGAUCACCUCGAAGACGAAUGA